AUGUCUCUCCAGAUCCCUCACCGAGAUAAGGCGAAUGGCGCAUCUGCUGCGACAAAGGCUGUUAUUCUGGUGGGUUGGUGGCCCCUCAAGAGGAACUCGAUUCAGGCCAUUGUCCCUGGAUCUGCCAAAGUUGCUGGCCAUCCCAUCAUCUGGCACUGCCUCACCGCCAUCGCAAAGGUUCCCCACAUUCAAGAAGUAUGCAUGAUCGGAUACUACGAUGAAUCUGUCUUCCGCGACUUCAUCAAAGACGCCUCGACGGAAUUUCCACAAAUCAAGAUUGUAUACCUGCGCGAAUACCAAGCGCUGGGCACUGCUGGAGGACUCUACCAUUUCCGCGAUGCCAUUCUGAAAGGCAAGCCUGAACGCUUCUUCGUCCUCAAUGCGGAUGUCUGCUGCUCAUUCCCACUGAAUGAUAUGCUCAAGCUCUUUGAGGAUAAGGAUGCAGAGGCUGUCAUCCUUGGCACGCGGGUCAGUGAGGAUGCUGCCAGUAACUUUGGAUGCAUUGUCUCGGACGCCCACACCCGCCGAGUUCUCCACUACGUCGAAAAGCCCGAAUCACAUAUUUCGAACCUCAUUAACUGCGGUGUCUACCUCUUCUCUACCGAAUGCAUCUUCCCCUCCAUUCGAAGCGCGAUCAAGAAGCGGACCGACCGACCUCGACUCGUCUCUUACCCCUCCUCCGAGAAUCUCGAAUCCUCCUAUUUCCAAGACGAUGACGAAGAGACUAAGAACGAAGUGUUGCGGUUGGAACAGGACAUAUUGAGUGAUUUGGCAGAUAGCAAGCAAUUCUUCGUCUACGAGACCAAGGAUUUCUGGAGACAGAUCAAGACAGCAGGUUCAGCCGUUCCAGCCAAUGCUCUCUAUCUGCAGAAGGCGAUGCAAACUGGAUCUAAGGAAUUAGCCAAGCCAUCUGCAAACAUCCUCCCUCCUGUCUUCAUCCACCCAACCGCACACGUCGAUCCCACAGCUAAGCUUGGGCCGAAUGUCUCAAUUGGCCCUCGAGUCACAGUCGGCGCUGGUGUCAGAAUUAAGGAAGCAAUUGUGCUGGAGGAUGUAGAGAUCAAGCACGAUGCUUGCAUUCUGUAUGCCAUCAUUGGCUGGAACAGCAGGGUCGGUGCUUGGGCUCGCGUUGAGGGCACACCCACACCUGUCAACAGUCACACAACAAGCAUCGUGAAGAACGGAGUCAAAGUUCAGAGCAUCACUAUCCUUGGAAAGGAAUGCGGUGUUGGUGAUGAGGUUAGAGUGCAGAACUGCGUCUGCCUGCCAUUCAAAGAAUUGAAGAGGAUUCCCUACUUCACGCCUGCCCAAGAGCCCCCCUCUGGUACUGCAUCAGAUCCUCAACCAGAUGGCAAGCCUAUCCCAAAACUCUUCCAACCUCUCAAAAUCCGAGGUUUGACGCUCCAAAAUCGCAUCAUGUUAUCUCCAUUAUGCCAGUAUUCAGCUCAAGAUGGGCAUUUGACGCCUUGGCAUAUGGCUCACCUCGGCGGUAUCAUCUCGCGGGGUCCGGGCCUAACGAUGAUCGAAGCUACUGCCAUUCUUCCCGAAGGGAGGAUCACGCCUCAGGACUCCGGUAUCUGGAGCGACAAGCACGUAGAAGGCGAAUAUGGCCUCCGAAGAAUCGUCGAGUUCGCCCAUUCCCAGAACCAGAAGAUUGCUAUCCAGAUCGCGCAUGCGGGAAGGAAAGCGAGCACGGUCGCGCCUUGGCUGGGUAUGGAUGUUUUGGCGACGGAGGAGGUUGGAGGUUGGCCGAGCAAUGUUAGGGGACCGAGUGCGGUUCCCUAUAACGAGGAGCAUGCCACGCCGAAAGAACUGUCGUUGGACGAUAUUGAGGAGCUGAAGAAGGCUUGGGGGGCAGCGGUUAAGAGGGCGGUUAAGGCAGGCUUUGAUGUGAUUGAAAUCCACAACGCUCAUGGUUAUCUGCUGCAUAGCUUCUUGAGUCCGGUCAGCAAUAAACGGACUGAUAGGUAUGGAGGCAGUUUCGAAAAUCGAGUGCGUCUUACACUGGAGAUUGUGGAAGUUUCGAGGAAGGAGAUGCCGGAGAGCAUGCCAUUGUUCUUGAGGCUCAGUGCGUCGGACUGGCUUGAGUAUAGCGGGAAGGAGUCUUGGACUGUGGAAGAGUCGGCGAAGCUAGCCUCUCUGUUAUCGGAGAAAGGUGUCGAUUUACUCGACGUCUCGUCUGGUGGCAACAGCCCUGGACAGAAAAUCAAGGGAGGCCCGGGAUACCAAGCUGGAUUUGCGAAGACGAUCAAGAAGGCCGUGGGAGAUAAGCUGCUUGUUAGUGCGGUGGGAACGAUCACGAGUGGCAAGCAGGCACAGGCGAUUAUCAGUGGGGAGGGGGAGCAGAGUAUGGGGAGCGAGGAACUGGAUUUGAUUGCAGCUGGACGCAUGUUUCAGAAGAACCCCGGACUCGUUUGGGAUUGGGCUGAGGAUUUGGGCAUCCAGAUCAAUGUUGCAAACCAGAUAAGAUGGGGGUUCGGAGGACGCCCGGGAGCGCCAAAGAAGUGA